AUCGAUCAGGUACUUUCUUAUUUAGACGCGGGGUUCGGCGUUGAAGUGUGGGUGCUGAACGUGAUUUGGCCUGGUGUGUGUGCAGAAUUGUUCUGGCAUGACUUGCAACAUCCCAACACUCUCAGUUCGGCUGCGAUUACAGCCAUUGACGCCAUGUUCCAUGGUCGGAGUCUCAAUAGCCGUAGGUUCGACUGUCCCGUGUUUGUCGCGGAAACUCGACAUGGCUGGCCACGCACAUGCAACAACGUGAAGAGUGCGAAUAUGUCGGAGUUGCGACGCCACUUAACACGACGUCCAGGCCGAGGUUGGAAACCCCAAUUAACAUUCUUAGAACUCUGUCUCACCUGCAAUGACGAUUUCAUUGACAAGGAGGUGUUCGAGUCUCAACAUGGCUACAGAGGAGAGCUUUGCAACAACCGGAAACGCGGACGCAGAGGAGCCAAUGCACAAGUGCAAUGGGAACUACUGUAUCGCCAAGUUGAAGCAGUUAUGACCUCUCAACAUCAAGAGAUUGACAAUGUUUCCGCACUCCCCGGGCCUAGUGCGAGCAUUCCAUUCCCAUCCGCUGCAUACAACAAUAGAGAGCCUCGUGCUUCUCAUCCUGUCCUACGGGAUCACAACGAGGCCAUACCUGACCCCACACCUUCUCGGUUCAUUGUCGAUUCGGAUUCUGAUGAUACUAAAUCAGAUGCAGAGCCACAGAACAAUCCCUCGUCUAUCAUCAGUUGGAUGAACCAACGUCCGUCGUCUGGUCCAUGGUCAGAGAUUAGACAUGACCCUUUGCAUACUCGCAGCUUCUCUAGCUUUCAGCAAAACGACAUGUUGCUAGGUUUGGGGUACGUAUUCAAUACUCAGUCUCACGAUCCCUGGACGCCUGCAUCUACCAGGUGUUACUGGGAUAUGCAAAGAGAUCUAGAUGAAAUACAAGAGAACUCAGAAGCUACUCGAGCGAGCCCCAGCAAUUGGUAUGGGAUAUUCGAAGAGAGCUCUGAAGCAACCUCUUCUCUCGCCUCGGAUACUGCGCGGUUGCAAAUACAAGGUCUCAUAAGAGAAGAUGAACAUUCAUACCACAAGCAGGGAAUCAGCUCUGAGCGUCUCAAAGAGACUCUGGUAGGCAGUUCUAGACCUCAGAGAUGGACAGAAUUUUCGGAAUUCUCGAUUGCGGACGAACAUACCGAUUUAUUCAUGUGUCACCCGCUAUGGAACUGGAUGUCUGCCUCUGACGACAAAAGCCCUUACAACCACUCAAGGUACAUUGAGACAGUAGAGUCUUUCGAUCCAGGGGGUGACGAUAGAACCAAGGACUCUCAAAGAUCUUCAACGCACGCAUCUACUGUUCGAACAAUUGAUCCUCCAGCCUCGUACUCUGUCACUUCUUUGCUGCCAAGCCAGACAAGUGAGAACACGCAAGAGCCACUUCAAUGCUUACAUUGCGACACUUCUUUCAGCGGUGUAUAUCGAAAAGGAAAUCGUGCGAGGCAUAUAAGAAUAAAGCAUCGGAGCUUACCUGAACUCUCUUGUUCUCAUUGCGGACAGCUGUUUCAGCGAUCAGAUGCCCUUCGCAAACACUACCGGAGAAAACACCCAGAUCUUCCCCACCUGACUUCAAGCCCUCGAACGACCACAUCAACUUCGAGACACGAGCAUGUCUUUUCAUCUAGAUACGAUUUAGUACCAGACUUCCACAAGAAUGACCUUGUAGGACUAGCAGACCAAUAUUGA